UGUUCUAAGAAGGCGAUGACGAAUCAUUUCUUCCGUGUGAACAAGUUGAUGUAAUAGGAUUUCCGGAAUUCUCAGUACAUUGUCAUCUUCGCGUCCAUGACUCGUCGACACUCUCGCGAUUAACUCGUGACCCGCUCACGCUUCGACAAAGUAUUUAUACCUGUCCACUCCCAAUAUUUGGAACAGUCGGAUUUCGGAUGUUCUUGAAAGUUUUGAAACUGGAAUCAAGUAGUACUUCGGUGCUUUGAUUCUGAAAAGUCACAAAGUUGCAACACAGUUCGGUUUAGACCGACGCACGCAAAUUAAGCAUGGUGGAUCGAAUCGAGCGCGAAGCACGAGAGUAUCGAUCGAGUGGAUCGAGCCUAAUCGACGCAGCGGUAUAUCCCGCCAAAGUUCGAAUGUACAACCGCGCAAGUCCAUCGCGGUGGGAGAGCUGGGAGUUGUUCGUGGGGAUGAAAGACGUAGUGGGGAAGUUUGUAGCGGUUAAACGCGAGGUAGCAAGAGUAUCGACGCGUAUAUACCGGUACUAUUGGUAUGAUCCAGCAAACACACGUUCCGAGCUGUUACGAGCGUUACGUCCGCUGAUCCAACUUCCAAUGUGUCUCUCGUUCGCGAUGAUACCGUUUGAUUUGCAAGUGUACCGCCAGAGCACGCGUUCAUCUAAAUGGCUUACAUAAGUUACGCGGUAAUAUUAAUUGCUUAGAGGUAAACCGCAUGCGCUUCUCCGUUGACUGCAUCGUGAUCGUGAGUAUUACAAACGAUUGAAGCAGGUGACAAGUUCUUUUCACGCCGAAGCCGCGUCCGCGUACCGAUUCGAGAGGAUCGAUCGCUUUUGUACGAGUUCGGCACUUUUUCGUUUCUUUCCACGUACACGAAACAAAGUUGCCGGCUCGCGAUAUAGACACGAACGCCUUGCCUGUGAUCUGGCGUGAACCGCGAGCAGCGGUGAGGCGAUAAUUCAGCCUCGACUUUAAAUCGUCGUUAAGGAAGGAAAGGAAGGAUUUCAUUUAAAUAACCGUGUCGUACAUGAAAAUACAAAGUCGGCGAUGAACAUGGCUGUGACCCAGAAACAGUUCGAGGUGGUAACUUUAUCAUCGGAGUAGACAAAUCUCGCAACGGUGCCAAGAAAGAAAAAAACGAAGUGGGGGUGCGAGGAAUGCGAACAUUGUUCUUUCUGCUUGCCGCGCGAGAACGAGGCACGAUUCGAAGCGGAUCGAACACGAUCGUACCGGGUGUUUGCUCGAACGGUGCUUAAGGGUUUAAGCGACUUUCAGAAAAAUCUUCGAAGGAAAUUGCGAACGACAUUCGAUAAGGAGAAACCGAGAGAGAAGCGGGCACAGACUCAAAUGCGGCGGUCAUCGUUGCCGGCGAUAACGGUCAAAGAUCGUUCGAAAUAUCCCGUGGAGUUUCGCUUCUGCGAUUCUUCUGGUUCGUGCUCGAAGACUCGUCGACCGUCGAGCAUUCCAUCUAUAAAACGGUUGGUUCAGGAUCACCGUGGAGUUGACGCACUGCCCGCGAUCGUUGCAUGAUAUCUCGUGUUUUUUGGAACACGCGGUCGUGUGUGUUCCACUCGCGUCUCGUGCUCUUAUUUUUGCGGUGAUUUUUUUUUAAACGGACCUGCGUUGAAUCAAUCGUGUAUCGAAAGUGUGGUGAGACGAUCAAAGAAAGUGCGGUGAUUUAAUUACGCGGUGAAGAUGGAGGAUACAGAGGGCAAAAUCAUGCCGGGAACGAGCAUAUCCGUCUUCGUGUUAGCGAGCACGCUGUUUCUCGGCGGAGUCAUCCUCGUGAUCGGUUACAUCGUUAGCCGGUUGUCACGGGCCAACAAAUCUUCGGAUUCAACGAAAAAUGUCACAGAAUCGGAAAAAGUGAAGUUCCAAGAUCCGAGGGACUCUGCGAGAUCCGCUUCCGGUACGGCCGGCAACAAGCGCGCGAAGAACAAAAAAAGGCGGGAAACCCAACAGGAGUUCACUCAUUCGUGGAUGGUGGGCGCUUUGAAGGGCCACACAGCCUCCGUCCUCGACAUGAAUUUCUCCAGCAACGGCAAAUUCCUCGCAAGCUGUGCCGAAGAUUGCGGCCUGCUUCUGAGAGAGGAGCUCCUGGACCACGGGGAGACCGAUCGGUACGCUGGCUGUAAGGCGAACCACGAGACGCAGUCGUCGGCGAAGACGUCGCCAGGAGGCAGAAGCAAGUUGUCGAGCGAGUCACCGUCCUCGGCGACUUCCACGUCCGGCACCGCGUCCACGGUGGCAACGGCAUCCGGGUCAUCCUCGGCGAAGGAGGACCGAGCUAUCCUGAGCAGAAGACAGCGCAAGAACCGCACCAGAGCACCGCGGGAUCGACGUCGCGAGCUGUGCGACGACGAGCACGAGGACGAGCAACCAACGCAGCAGGAGCAUCACCGGCAUCACCAUCGUCGCCAGCAGCAUUACCCUAACAGCCCGUCGAGAGACUGCGAGUCGGUCGAGAUAAGCGGCAGCGAGGGCCGCAAAGCUGGCUCCAGGAGAAACAAAGCUCAGAGCGACUCGCAUCGCGAGGAGAGGAAGAACGAAAUCUUCCUGAGUCUUCAGAGAAAGGAACUGCACCAUCUGAGCGACGCAGCCCUCGCCUCGUUGCUCCGCAGAUACACGCUCACCGGGGAGCAGCUGGCUCACCUUGGCUACCCCGUGGAGUGCAGCUACUUCCCGGGCUUCGCAGUGAUAAUAAAUUACCUGCAACAUCCCAUUGGCCAUAGGAUUCGUAGCUAUCAUCAUUUGGACGUGAACGCGCAGGAGUUCAUACCCGGAAGCGGUACCAGUUCCUGGACGAUGGCGGAGAGCGAAGGAGACAGUGGACAUUGUAGCGGAAGCUCCGUAGAAAGUUCCGACCUGGAACAAGAAAGUUCCUCGGACAGCGAUAAGUAUUCGGACAUAGGCGAGUCGUCGUCCUCAUCCUCCACGGACUACUCUUGCUCUUGGUCGUCCUCGUUCGCUUCCGGUUCUCAAGAAAGCUCCCGAAGGUAUUCCACCCCCGAACCGUACGAGCUGGUGGUGGCGGAGCGUAGGUGCGCCAGAUGUUACAAGAGCUUCUACGUGAACAGAGAGAGCGGCGAAUACUUGCACGAGGAACGGUGCGUCUACCAUUGGGGCAAACUACGAAGCGGUCUCGUCGACGGUGCUCACAGCGAGACCUGGGAGUGCUGUCGAGGCCGUGAAACGGCUCGAGGCUGCACCACUGCCAGGAUGCACGUGUGGACAGGUCUGGCACCCGGCUACAACGGUCCGUUCGAAGGUUACGUGCACACCAGGCCCGCUAGGAUCGUCCCCAAAGAUGGUAACUACGGCGUGUACGCGCUCGACUGCGAGAUGUGCUUCACUCGACGCGGCCUCGAGUUGGCCAAGGUGACGGUGAUCGGUAUGGACGGAAACGUCGUGUACGACACACUGGUGAAACCGGACGACGAAGUGAUCGAUUACAACACCAGAUUCAGCGGCAUCACCGCGACGGAUCUGGCGAAGGCGUCGAAAACGCUCAGAGACGUUCAAAGGGACUUGACUAGUUUCGUUUACGCGGAAACCAUAUUGAUAGGUCACGGUCUGGAGAACGAUCUCAGAGCGUUGAGAUUGUUGCACACGACGGUGAUCGACACGUGCGUCGCGUUUCCCCACUUCCUCGGUUAUCCUUUUCGCAGUAGCUUAAAAACCCUGGCGAGGACUGUGUUGCGAAGGGAGAUCCAGGUGGCGGAACACGACUCCAUCGAGGACGCUAGAAUCGUACUAGAUCUCAUGCUUAGAAGACUACAACACGAUCUCUCGUGGGAGUGUUGCGAGCCCUCGUGAAACGACCAACGAAUAACGCGUUUAUAUAUACACUCUCUUGGUGACUCGAAUACAGUAUGUACAGUGAAUGGAACUCUGUCGGAGGUGGUGGACCUCGGUACUAGAGAACCGAACGAGUAUCGUCGAGUCUACCUACGGUUAACCGGGCGAUCACGCGGUCCUGUCGCGCGUCUUGUUCCCUGUCGUUAGUGCGCGCUCCUUUUUUUUUGUUUUUCUUAAGUGUCGAAGAAAUGAAAAAAGCGCCAACGAGAUCUGUCCGGACGGGAGCCACCCUGAUUUCCCAGCAACUCUUCCGUCAGUGUUCAGUUCCAAGUGAAGUCUGUGAUAUGUUACAUAUAUACAGAAAGAAAAAAGCUACACGCGUAUGAGCGCGUCCCCGGGUUAAAUGUUCGACGACCAGGGACGUGCUUGGUCACUCGCACAGUUAGACUUAUAGGCACACCAUACCCCAUACACACGACUCAUACGUUCAGUUUCAUUCAUGCGAUACAUUCAGUUUGUAAGGUGCGUCGUUGCCGAGGAAAAGGUUUAGCUCGAUUUCGAUCGCGACCGCUCGGUACACACGAGUGAUAGAAUACUUUUUUUAUAUUCUUUCUGCGUUUCUUUUUUUUUUUUAACGAAUCUCUAUUGUAACGUCGACAAAGGCUGUCCAUAUUUUUUUUUUUCUUGUUUCUACAUCAUUGACUCAAUUUCAAGAAACAGAAGUACAAACAAGGCUGGUGCGAGAUAAAAGAAAUGAACAAGAAGAUGAAGUGUCAUCUUUGCGAAUUUAAAGUAUUUAAGUCACCCAACGAGCUUCGAAUCUGUAACGAUAUUAUGUUCGAUACGCUGCGUUUCGAUUUUGAUUGCGUUCGAUUGAACGGUGCACGCGUGCUGCAUUUUUUCACCCAAACAGUAUACGAGUUACAAUGCAAUCUUGUUGAUUUUUUGAAACGUUCGAUCGAGUACUACGGUCACAAUUGUUACAUUUAAGAAAACGACAAAAGUGUGACAACACUAAUAAAACGAUUAAACAAAAGAAAAAAGCGAAUAUUUCCUUUGUGUAUUUCGAUUAAGGUACUCGUCCCAUCUGCGAAACGUUUUCCUCGACAAACGCUCAACGGGUACACACACACGUUGAUAAUAGGUAUCUCGUGCUUGACAUACUUUCAUUGAGAUAUUGAAUACAGAGUGUUUCAAAAAAGACUAUUCUGUCUUAAUCUUCGCGACAAAGGAAUUCGAAAAGUCCUUUAUCGUUUUGCAAUCUGAAGCUCCGUUCCUGAGAUGUUAAAGAUAAAAGAUCGCCUUCCGGUGGCGCCAUAUUUGAACGUGGAGCGAACAGCUGAUGCGCGGGCGCAGCAAUAAAUACUUAACGCGCUAUGUAGUAAGCGAUCAGCUGACCGGUAAGAUUUCAAAUGGGAAAGUGUUCGAAUUGAAUUUCCCGCGUAAAAUGUUGUAAUACGUGGUUGGGUCCGAAAGGGUUAAACGCGGUAUCUCGAGAACGAAGCCUCGUAUCGUAAAACGGUAAAGGACUUUCCGCGAAGAAUUUGUGAUAUUUAUGUUGCAAAUGUUUUUUUAAAACACCCUGUAUAUAUGUGUAGACACAUUUAUACUCGUAGGAUGAACGUACACGUACACGUUUUAUACCUUACGACCCGUCUCAUGCAUAUUUCAUUCAGCGUUAUUUUUUCGUACACGUACGAAGCGAGAGGAGGACACGCGGCGUCAUUGAUGCUGGUAAGUGUCUUUCGGGCUUCCACCGAGCGGUUUGCAUUUAAAUUCUCCUCGAAAAACGACGUCUAGAAAAUGUCGCUAAAACGAGGACAACGAAUCCGAGAUGGAUUUAAGGAGUUUUUGUAUACUUUUUAGUUGUUGUUUCUUUUCUUUAUCCAUUGACGACAGCAGAAUCUUCGAGCCUCUUCUCGAAAUCGUGCGUCCUUCGUUCGCCGCGUGAUCGCCGUCGAAUUUUCGAAAAGAGAAAGAAGAAAAACACACGAUGUGUCUUAUCAUUCGACACACGGUACGUGCCCGUUUCUCAUUGGCUCGACCAUUUAUCGAUCAACUACUUUUUUGUCGUUCCGGACGAGGAACGAACGUGUGCGCGAAACAAGAGCGUGGACAAUUUUAUAAUCGACCGCGAUUAUAAAAUACGCAGGCGCGCGCAUUUGGUCAGGUUUCCGUUUCGUACGUGUCGACGCGUGUAAAUCAUAAGCGGAUCGAGCCUGAGAACCACGUGCCCGAUUUCGACUCACGCUCAAAAUCACACACAUAAUGUUCCGUGAUUUUAUAUACAAUGUUUAUUGCGACAUUAGCGAACCCUGUGUGCCCCUUUGCGAUAUAGGCUGUUCAAACGUUGCUACUUUGCUCAAACGCAUUUUGUUGUUGGUUACAAACCUCUUUAAUUGUCACUUACAAAUAUUCGCCACACAUGUGGAUUCUUAUGAAGACCGUGUAGGAUAUCUGACAUUAGAACUAUAGUAACUUCCAAGCCUCAAGAAGUUCUGUGAAUCAUGGAUAAGUUGUGCAACCUGUUUUGAACAGCCUGUAUCGAUACACAAUGUGAUACCGUGCACGCGGUCAUAAGUAUUCAACAUUUUGUAUACCGACCCGGGGAACUAGGUUCCCGUGGUAAAAAUAAUCCUCGGGUCGUGUGUUCGCCAACUCUUUUACUUAAUCUUACCCGCCGCUUUUUCAUUUUUUAUUUUAACGCGCUGAUCGCUUUCGACUUACUUUGAGGAAAGCAUAUCAGUUCAUCUAUGCGAUCAACGCGUUAACGUCACCAUAAAUAUUGUCUGCAUCCUGUACAUAUAUCCAUCUCCCGUGUUCAGAUACUUUUUUCGACACGUCUUUUGUAAUUCACACUCGAAAGCAAUACAGUGGUACCUCGAUUAGUUACCGAUCAUGGAAUCAUGACCUUGACACAAAUUUUUUGUACGGUGAACUUUGUAAAAUUACCUUUUACUUUGUAAUUAAUGUGACUGAAAAUUGUAAGUAUUUUGGAAGCGAGUUUCUCAACCUUGAAGGAUCGUAAAAUGCUUACGGUUUUCAUGAAGAGAUAUGUGUAAUCGACGUUCUACUGUGUUAAAUCAUCGCUUUGUAAAUAAGCGCACUAUUUAUUUGAGCGACUAGCGAAAAACGGAAGUAUGUACCUGGUGGCAUCCUCGAAGAACGUUCCUUUGAAAUUGUGCUGUGAAGGGUCUGUUCGCAAUCCAUUUUCCGCUGCAUUCGUAAUCGAAGAUCAUUGAGGAAAACCCAGAAGACGUAUGCGAAUCGAAAUUAAAACGAUCAAACAUCGAACGAUUUACGCUAUUUAAGCAAUGUAAUUUAUACAAGGAAACUUUUGCUACCAAAAAAUAUACGAUCUACGUUUUUAAGAUACCAGAAUUGUUUGGUGCGAAUAAAUUCGAUCCAUGAAUCAUUGUUGAAAAGAUACA